GGCAGCGCCUCUGCUCCGCGGGAGCCGCGGGCCUCUGCUCAGCAUGUGUGGGGUCCAGCCCCAAUGGCUGCCAACCUGUUUUUCUGCUGCUUCCCUCCUAAGUUUCCUUUUCACUGUGUCCACCGGAUGUUUGCAUCCCAGACUGAAGGGGAGCUCAAAGUGACUCAGAUUCUCAAAGAAAAGUUUCCUCGAGCUACAGCUAUCAAAGUCACUGACAUUUCAGGAGGCUGCGGGGCAAUGUAUGAAAUUAAAAUCGAAUCAGAAGAAUUUAAGGAGAAGAGAACUGUCCAGCAGCACCAGAUGGUUAAUCAGGCACUAAAAGAAGAAAUCAAAAGCAUGCACGGACUGCGGAUCUUUACCUCUGUCCCCAAGCACUGACCACACCCUGACUGCACAGAUGCUGCUGCCUGAAGCCCUGGGUGAAUUUCACUGUUGGCAUUCUUCCCAAGGAAUUUGCCAAAAACUUUAUUGAUUUUUGGUCACAGACAUUUCUAUAUUAUAAUUAUAGAAGAGAUGUUAUCUAUUUAGAUGUUAAUUAAAGGCCACAGAUACCUGACACUUUGGGAGGGUUGUGACUAAUGCUUAAAGUUCAUUUAUUUCAGGAGUAUGUUCCCUUUGUCCAGAGUGGUCAUCUUUGGACAGUUCUGUCCUGCCACUAAAACAGAAUGAGCGCCAUCUUUUUGUCUGGUGAAGAGGUUUUCUUAGAGCUGGUGGUAUGGGCUCAGUGAUAGAGCAUUUCCCUAGCAUGCAUGAGGCCUUAGGUUCCAACCUCAGCACUGUGAAAAAAACAAAAAGUUCUGGUUUCUUUCCCUUUAUGAAACUGCUCAGUUCCCUUAAUCAUAUCAAAAGGAAGAAAAGGUCCUUUGCUUUGGCUCUUCCUUCAUUACGCUUGCCUUUCCCUCCAAACUUCUUCCAAGAAUUACCUUGGACCCUUUUUAUACUCUGGAGCAGACCUAAGGAUUGAGUCUGCAUCCUCUCCUGUGUUUAAAGAUCCCCCACAGUCUGCCUGGAGCAGGGGGUGGGGCUGGGCCUUAUCAGACUCCUUUGCAACUUAGCCACAGGCCAUCUUGACUCAACUUCCAGUCGACAGACCUGCCCUGGAUUUCUCAGCAAAAGACACUAAGAAGCAGGGAUAUGGGACAUGAAUUCCAGCUGCUGUGGCUGCAACAUCUGGUGUUCUGGGUGGUGGCUGCAUAGUCAGUGUUAUAUAGGCUGCUGUCUCUGAGCCCACAACAGUAGCCUCAGUAUCUGGGUCUGUAGCACAGGUUGGGCUUCAGCUGCACAGACUGCCUUAUUCCUACCUGUUUUCAGAAGCUGGCUUUCCAGUGUUCUCAGAAAUCCUGUGACUUUUCCUAUAUCCUUGCACUAGAUUCUUCCCUGAUCACAGAAGUCAGUCAUUGGCUGAUGCUGGUAGCUGAGAGCCCUGGUGAGUUCACCGGCCCUUUGCAAUGUGGCUCCUGCCCUCCAUCCCUACCUUUCUACUGUUCAACUUCCUCAGAGGUGACCACAUCUACUGCCUCUCUCAGUCCUCAGCUCCCUGGUCACCCUGCUGGUGGAAAGUUGACAUCUAUUCCUUCCUCAAACUCCUUUUUGUAUUUCAUAGGUCCCACCACCAGAGAAGUCAGUGGUCAUUGUCCGUUCUGCAGGUGCCUCCCUAAGAAACAAGGGGAUGUAGGUAGAGCAUCCUUAGGCUCCAGGUUUUUUGGACAGCACAAAUUUCAAACACUGUUCACAUACCAUCUCCCAAUAUUGUGGUUUAAAAAUAUUCUCUUGUCUACACCGUGGGGGUGGGAGGAAUUGAUAUCCUGCUAGGGCAAAACUGCCUUUGACGUGGAAUGGUCACUCAAUUCUAUCAGUGCUGAGAAGAUGGGGCAAAACUAAGAAAACUGUGUCCGAGGGCCCAAGCCAUCUCUGAAAGGGUUAGAUAGCAGGAAACAUCUAAGACCAUAGUCCCAGAGGCUAGCCAGAUGGUAAUGAUCAGCGAGGAUGGAGAAGCCACAAAAUUAGACCUGUCAGUUACUUGUAUGGAACCUAAUUGUCCUCCUUUUAAGGGUGGGCUCCACAUAUUGAUCUGCUCCUAAAGAGUAGAAUACAGGGUAAGUGACGUGCAAUUUUACAAAGUCCUAGAAGGCACUGUGACUUUCCUCUAAGUACCUUGUUGUGAGGACACAUGAGCAACCUGUGGAGAGGACCAUGUGGUGAGAAACUGAGGCCUCUCACCAAGAGCCAACCUAAUAGACUUACAAACAGCCAGCCAGGAACAGGCCUUUACCAAGAAAAGAGCCAUCUUGGAAGUGGAUCCUUUGGCCACUGUCAGAAGACUGCAGCAGGAGCCAGAACCACCCAACUGAGCCAUGCCCCACUUCUUAACCAAACUGUGAGAUAUAAAUGUUUGUUUUAAAGCACUAUGUUUUACAUCAAUAAAGAAUGUAUUUGCACAUUAA